AAAACAAACACCACCAACAAAAAAAAGUACACACAGUUAGCGUGUCAUCUUCUCAGAAGUCGCAAUCUCCAUUCCAAACUCUUCUCCUUCCGAUCGAUUCAAUAAACCCUAUCAAACUCGUAAUAUUAUUAUUCAACUUCACUGAAUCGCACAUCUUCAAGGACUGGUGGUGUGCCUGUUUUUCGAGACCUAACCGUUGGAUUAGUGUGUGGCAAGGUACAAUUACUUACGCUGCUUAACAUCACGUUCUUUCUAAGUGGUCUUCUGCUUUAUUGGUUGUAAUCAUUCUAUCCAAUAAUACAACUUCUAAAUCAAGAACGAAAAUAUUAAUGUUGAUACACACAUAUUCAUAAGAAAUCUACGGACAAAACUCCAACUCGACACUUUUAUGGAGGGUCUUCAUCUAGAUGUUAAAUGGGAAGAUAUCACAUGUCCCAUAUGCUUAUCCUCCCCACAUAACUGCGUUCUUCUUCAAUGCACUUCUUACAAGAAAGGAUGCCGACCUUUCGUGUGCGACACCGAUCAUUUACACUCAAAUUGCUUGGACCGUUUCCAAACCGCAAACAAGAUGUCACCCGGGUCAAACUCACUUUUGACUUCUGAUGAGUCUACCAUAAUAAACCCGGAUGCCACUAGCAAGCCGUUAUGCCCUCUUUGUAGAGGCGAUGUUACUGGCUGGGUCGUUGUAAACGAAGCGCGCCUUAAACUGGAUGGGAAAAAACGCUGUUGUGAAGAAGAAAAAUGCACGUUUACGGGAACGUAUACAGAACUCAGGGAACACGUUAAGAUGGAGCACCCUCAUGCAUGCCCAUCGAAAAUCGAUCCUGCAAGACAACUUGAUUGGGAUAAUUUUCAGCAAUCGUCUGAGAUUAUAGAUGUGUUGAGCACUAUACAUUCGGAAGUUCCACAUGGGGUGGUUUUGGGAGAUUAUGUUAUAGAGUAUGAUGACGGUUCUGGAGAUGAGUUUGAAGGCUUUCCCGGUCAAGAUGGAAAUUGGUGGACUUCGUGUAUUUUGUAUAAAGUUUUUGUUAAUUUUAGGAGUUCUAGAAAUAGAAGAAGGGCUAGGGUUAGUGAAUCGAGGAGAGGAAGCCGUCGAUUGAGUUACGAAACGUCUAAUUCUGAUGAAGGCUCUGUGGUUUCUACGGAAUUUGCGGAUUAUAGAGCUUAUGAAGCGGAAGAUGAGUUUGUUACUAGGAGUAGCAUGUCCAGGGGUAGGACAAAUCGUCGCAGUUCUCGAAGACGCCCGUUUCGCUUCUAUGAUAACUAGGGGGCUUUAAAGGGGCUUUAAACCAUUGCAUGCAAGUUAAAGGGAGGGCUUUAUACUACACCUCUAGCCUUAUAAAUGAUGUAAAAGAGGAAGUCAACCCAACAUGACCCUCAACGUUGUUAAUGUAUUUGUCAGAUUUUAAAGUCGGUCCUGAGGUGGCUUGAAGACUGUUGUAGUCUGUUGGAAGACAAGCAUUGGGAUCGAGAAGACGGUUAUGUGAUCCGGUGUAGUGCUGAAUUUAUUCCAUGGUUUCGUGGUAUCAUGUUUUUAAAUUCAUUCUAGUCGUUGAUCACUGAAUCAAGGAAGUCGUUUGUUAUCGUCUUCUGGUGUCGAACAAAUGCAAAAACAUAGCCAUCUUGGCAAUGGUGCAAUGUUUUUUGUAGUUGAAUUUGUGUUUCUUAUAUGCAAUCUAAAUACGAUUUUCUUUUUAAAAAGCA